GCGUCGGUGCGGUCGGGACGGGGCGCUAGGACCGGUCUGCGUUCAGGUGCAAAGAUGGGGUGCUUCACUUUUAUCAAGGUCAUGAUGGUCCUCUUCAACCUGAUCAUAUUCCUUGCUGGUGGGACCCUCCUGGGAGUUGGCAUCUGGGUCACAGUGGAUGGACAGUCGUUCCUGGAUAUAUUUGGGACAAUCUCCUCCAGCAUCCUGCAGAUUGUGAAUGUGGGCUACUUCCUCAUUGUCGUCGGUGCCAUCCUGCUGGUGAUUGGCUUCCUCGGGUGCUACGGCGCACAGAAGGAGAGCAAAUGUCUCCUGAUGAUGUUCUUCACAGUGGUGCUGAUCAUCUUCAUUGCUGAAGUUGCUGUUGCCGUGGUGGCUCUGGUCUACACAGGCGUUGCAGAGGCGCUGCUGACAGCUGUGGUGACCCCUCUCCUGAAGCAAAAGUAUGGGGUGGAUGAGAGCUUCACACACAUUUGGAAUCUCACCAUGACGGAGGUCCAUUGCUGUGGCCUGAGUAACUACACAGAUUUCAACGACUCCGUCUGGUAUAACACACAUGGAACCUACCCGGAGCCCUGCUGUAAUGACACACAGACCUGCACCUACGCGGCUGCUGCAAAAAGCAAUGUCACGGGUUGUUUCGAUCAGAUCUUGGAAGAAAUCAGGGCCCAUGGAGUUGUGGUGGGUGGCGUGGCAGCUGGCAUCGCUGCCUUGGAGAUUGCAGCCAUGGUGGUUGCCAUGUACCUGUACUGCCACCUGGACCAGAAAUGACCCCACGAGGCAGGAGACGAUCUGCCUCCCCACCGUGCCGGGGUGCUCCCGUGGCGUGCCGUGCUCUCCGGGGGACCCCAUCGCUCCCUGGGCCUGAUGCUGUCCUGUGCACUGUGAUUUUGUAGCUGUGUUUUGAUCUACUGAGCUGGGAUCUGUAGAGUUUGUGUAUAUUUUUGUACUGAUAUGGCACACUGAGUCUGUACAUAGUGAUUUGGGGUGGUUUUUGAAGAGGGGGAAGCUGCUUGGUCUGUUUAGUUGAUGCUGGAGAGAGAUAAAGCAGCGCAGGGGCUGAUCAGGGCUGCUGAUCUGGCAGUGGCACAGCGAUGCCUUGAUAAACCCUUGCAGGCGGGUGCUGUGCCUUUCCCACGCCAUCCUCACUGUGUCCCUAAGUGGGGGCUGGCCCUGGGGCUGCUCUGUGCCCCCUCAUCGCUCCAUUGAAUCAUAGAAUCAUUGUAGGUGGUAACUACACUUCAUAUGGGGAUGUAUCUACCCCUACACAUGUUGUCACCUAAAGGAGGCACCGGCUGGUCUGUGCCCCUGCCCUGGCAUGAAGACAGCCCUGUCAAUCCCUGUCCCUGUGGUGGCCGGGGCUGCCCCCCCGUCACAUCAUGGCUGAGCCCUCUCCAUGCUGUAAAGAAAACCAAAUAAAUUUUUCAUCUUGGAUACAA